GUACCUGCCUGAUCGACGACUGCCCGACAGCGCCAUCGACCUUAUUGACGAGGCGGCCGCCAAGGUGGCGCUGCUGGGGGCCGCAGCGACGGGAAGCGCAGGCGGCGGCGGGCGCGCCGCCUCGAGCGCUGCGGGCGAGGGCGGCGUCGCAAGGCAGGGGGGUCAGCACGGGCAAAGGCAGGAGCGGCAGGAGCAACAUCAGCAGCUGCGGCAGGAGCAGGUUGGUGCGACGCGGGCCGCGGCCCAUGACUGGUUGGAAGCGAGUGAGGUGUCAGCCACGCAGAGCCAGGAAAAUCGCGCAGCGGCGGUUGGGGUAGCAGCAGUGGAGGCGGCGCGCAUCGGCAACAGAAGCGGCGGCGGGCUGGACUUGUUCGUCGCAGAUGUGGCGGCGGUGGGGCUGCGGGUGGAGGGGCCUGGGGAGCCGAGCCACCUGCAAAAGCAGGGGCAGCAGCAGAGGCAGCAGCAGGGGCAGCAGCAGGGGCAGCAGCAGGAACUUCCGGGUGGCUCAGACCAGGCGUUUGUCCACCACGUGACAGAAAAAACAUCGCAGCAGCAGCAGCAGCAGCAGCAGCAGCAGCAGCAGCAGCAGCAGCAGCAGCGGCAGCAGCAGCAGCAGCAGCGGCAGCAGCAGCAGAAGCAGCAGCAACAAUCGCCGCCCCCUCAGCAGCCGUCACGUGGUGUGGGUGCAGCGCGUGUCUCUACGUGGCAGGACUGGGUGCUUCAGCAGGGCUGGUCCGGCAGCGGCGAGGCGCGGCGGCAGCAGCUGCUCGAGUGGUUCGGCGCCAGCCCGGCCAACCCCUUGCCGGGGGUUCUGGCUUCCACGGCACCGCUGUCCGAGGCCGCCGCUGCGGCCGCGGCCGAGGCGGCGGCGGCGGCGGUGGAGGAGGUGCUCUCGUCGCUGCCGCCCCCGGUGCGCGCGGCGCUGCGGCAGGCGGACGCCGCGGGCCGCGGCGAGCUGUCGCCCGCGGCGCGCGGGGAGCUGGUACCCAAGUCCUGCCCGCACUGUGGCGCGCUGGCCAACGCCAGCGCCCCCGCUGCCACCGGCGCCGCUGCAGGCGGAGCGGUGGUCGCGGUGCUGCGCAGCAUCCGCGAGUUGAGCGGACAAGAAAGCGCGUGGCCGCCGGCAGCCGAGCAGGCGUCUGGCGGCGGCAGCCGCAGCGACAGCGGCGCCGCCCCCGCCGGCGCGGCCGCGGAGGGCCCGGACGCAGCUGCCGCGCAGCCGCUGCCCAUGUGGCCGGUGGUCACCGAGCGCGACGUGUAUGACGUCAUCCACGAGGCCACGGGAAUUCCCACCGAGCACCUGGGCGAGAACGCCGCCUGCCAGCUGGCGUCCCUGGCCACCCAGCUGUCAGAGGAAGUCCUCGGGCAGCCCGAGGCGGUCGCCGCCGCCGCCGCCGCGCUGCAGGUCGCGCGGCUCGGGCUGCAGCCGGAGGCGUCCUCCGCCGCCGCCGGCCGCCCCGCGGCGAGCCUGCUGCUGGUCGGGCCGGACGGCGUGGGCAAGUCGACGCUUGCGCGGGCGGUGGGCGGCGCGCUGCUGCCGUCGGAGCCGGCGGCGCGGCUGGCGCUGGCGAUGGGGGACUACUCCGAACGCCACAGCACCGCGCGGCUGGUCGGGGCGCCGCCGGGGUACGUCGGCUACAGCCGCGGCGGCCUGCUAACAGAGGCCCUCAGAAGGCGGCCACACAGCGUGGUGGUGUUUGAUGACUGCGAGCGCGCGCACCCCGAGGUGCUGGGCGUGCUGAUGCAGGGCCUGGAGGAGGGGCGGCUCAUGGACGGGUCGGGCCACUCGGUCAGCACGCGCUCCGCAGUCUUCAUAUUCACCGCCACCACCGCCCCAGGCGGCGGCGGCGCUGGCGUCGCCGGCCCGGCCGCGGCGGCCACCAUUCGCGCCAGCGGCGAGGCGGCGGCGCCGAGUUUGAGGCAUGUUGGGCUGGGCGGGGGCGGCGCAGGCGGCGGUGGCGGCGGCGGCGGCAACGGCGCGGGUGCCGGGGCUCGCAAGGGAUUUUCAAGCAUCGGCGUCGCAUCGGAGGGGCUGGAGUUCGGAGAUGAGCCCGCCGGCCCCGCCGUUCAGCGGCAGCGGCAGCAGCAGCAGCAGCAGGCGGCAGGUUCCGGGCAGCUGCCGCCGGCCGUCCGCGAGGUCGCCGCGCGUGUGGAUGACGUCAUUGCGCUGCGCCAGCUGGCGCGCGCCGACCUGGCGUCCGUCCUGGACCGCCAGCUGGCGCAGGCGGCAGCGGCGGCGGCGGCGCGCCACGGGGUCGAGCUGCGCGUCGACGCGGCGGCGAGGACUGCGCUGGUGGACGAGGCGUUGCGGCAGGGGCGCGGCGCGCGGCCGCUUGCGGGUCUGGUCAGGAAGCGCGUGCUGGGGCCGUUGGCGGAGGCGCUGCUGGCCGGCGGCGCGGCCGGCGGCGGGGGCGGGGCGGCGGCGGCGGCGGCGGAGGCGCCCGGGGCGCGGGUGGCGGUGGUGGAGGCCGCAGAGGGCGCCGCGGCGCCGCGGCUGGUGCUGCGGCUGCUGGCCGCGCCGGCUUAA